AGCGUGCGGCGCGCCAAUCGCCCCUAAUCCGCUCGCAUCAGGCAAUUUUUUCGCUCUCUCGCGCGAAACGCACUACUCUGUGCUUUGUUUCUACGAGGUAAGGACCACCGUCUGUCUAUCUCUCUCUCUCUCUCGCCUCCUCCGCGCUAGUACGUGUCUAAAGUCAGUGCGCGUAUAGUCAGUGUUGAUACACGCGCGUCUGUUUUCCGAGAAUCUCAACGACUACGAGUUACUACUGAAAUCGAGUUUCGCUAGAAGCAAGAGGUCCAGUAUCGACAUUGCGACCGGUGGUUGUUUGUAUCGUUUUUUCCUUCAUUCGCACUUUCAUUCUCCCGGCAAUUCGAACACCCUCGUGUGCUAUUGUCGUUUCGCCAACUUUGCAUUCAGUCCGAUAUGAACAACGAGCAUAUUCUGCAGCAACAUCAAGACGUCACGAGAGCAAUGGACGAGACGAGCCUGAACACGUCGAGAAAACGACCGAUUAUUUAUUCGUCAUCAGAGGACGAAGAAUUUACACCAUCAAAAUGCAAGAAAUUUGUUGUAGAUGACAAGGAAAAUGUUACAAAUAAUAUUAUGCGUGAUACAAUGGUAACAAACUCUGAUACAUCAAAAUCAGCAUCUAAUGAUAAUUCUUUUGCACCAUGGUCUUCAUCAGUUAACGUCAACCGAAAUUUAAGUAGCUCCAGUGAAGGUUCAGUAUUUCAUAUUAAAUUAACUUCUGAUACUCAGCAAUCAUCUCAAUUUUCAGUAAUUAAGAAUGAUUUUCACAUGAGGAGUUCAAAUGAUCAAAUCGAUUCAUCUGUAGAUAAGGUUUAUGAAGAUUGCAAUGCAACUCAAAGUCAACCCUUGACUCAGAAUGAGAAAUCUACAGAUGAUCUUAUUUUUAUCAAAGAUGAAAUGAUACCAUUAUCAUCUAGACCAAAUAACAAAGAUGCAAUACUUUUACCACCUACUGAUUCAAAAGAUGAGGCAGUUUUAUGCACUUUGUUAUCGCCAUUACCGCCUUCUCAUGCAAAUCCUAAUGAUACAAAUCCUUUGACUACCUCCUCUGAUCAAACAGAAAUGCUAUCAACUUUACCAUCUUCCAAUCAUGGUUCUGAUGAUCAGAGCCAAACAGUUUCUUCCACACUCUUGAACAAUCAAAAUGAAAUGAUUCAGCAAUCAUCCUCUACCAAUGAAGAUAAAAUGCUAUCUUUACCAUCUUUACCAUCUUGUGAAGAUCAAAAUGAAGAAGGACAAACAGUAACAGCUUCGUUAGUACCACUUAAUGAUCAGAAUGAAGAAGGAGGAGCGGUAACAGUUCCGUUAUUACCACUUAAUGAACAGAAUGAAGAAGAAGAAACAGGAAUAGUCUCGUUAGUACCUCUUAACGAGCAGAAUGAAGAAGAAGAUGAAAAAGCUUCUUUAGUAUCUUCAGACAAUCAAAAUCAAGAAGAAGAAGAACAACAAACAGUUUCCUUAGUACCUCUAGAUGAUCAGAAUGAAGAAGACGAAAAAGCUUCUAUAUCAUCUAUGAACAAUUUAAAUGAAGAAGAAGAAGAAGAAGCAGCUUCUCUGAUACCUCUGAAUGAUCAGGAUGAAGAUGAAAAAGCUUCUUUAGUAUCUUUGAACAAUCAGAAUGAAGAAAAAGAAGAAGAAACAGCUUCUCUUGUACCUUUAAACAAUCAAAACGAAGAAGAAACAACUACAUUAGUACCCCAGAGCAAUCUAAAUGAGAUGAUUGUUCCAUCAUGCUCUAGUAAUCAGAAUGAGAUGAUGAGUCUUGUUUCAAAAACCUCUCACUAUGAAAAACAAACCAACAUCCAAAUCUCUAAUGGCCAAUUUGAACCAUCUGUAUUAUGUAAAGUUGAAUGUAUAACUGAUAAGUCAGAUGUUGAACUUCCUGGACCUUCGACACAGAAUCAUGAAAGAAAUGAUCGAUUCGUGGAAGACAACUCUCAAUCAAUAUUGAGAAAUGUGAAUCAUCAAAUCAAUAACUGUCCACAAUCUACUCCUAUUAGGAAUGUUGCAGUGCCAGGUUGUUCUAAUGAGAUUAUAGCAAUCGAUGGACAUGAUCCUAAAACAGCUGUAAUGAACUUACUGAUGUCUACUGGACAAUACAAUACUAAACAAUCAGCUGAAGAUGGUGAAUAUUCACGUAAUGAUUUGAGCUCAAAUAUGAUGCAUUCUGAAGUUAUCAGUGGAGAUAAUGAGGAUAUAAGUGUUGAACAAACACAUGAUACAUCAGCAGCUGUGAAUGAAUUUCUUAGUACUUUUACAGAAGAGAACGCAGGUUUGAAUUUAGCAAAAUUGAUUAUCAGUUUGAAAAUGGAUAUUCAAGAACUUGUCAGAAAAAUUGAUAAUCAGGAGAAUAUCCUGGCAACAGUAGUAAAAGCUAAUGAAUUGACUUUGGAACCUUUAUUUGCUAAAAAUUUCAACGAACGUUAUAAUUUGAAAGUACCUUUCUCCAACUUGGCGGAAUUUACUAUUUUCAAUGAAAAUCUUACGAGAAAUGUUAGAUUUUGCAACGAAUUUAUAGCAAGUUUAACAGCAUACAUAGACAAUCACCAGUCUUUUAACAAAAAUAUAUUGAAUAUGAUUAAAAAAUACUUGAGCCGAGAAUUAGCGAUGAAAUUCACAGCUUCAAAACCUACUGGUACUAAAAUGGUGUUAAAAGAUACCAUGUUUUGCUCAUGCCUACUACAAGCAACGAAAAUGACCAUGAGAAAUGGAUUAACGCCAUUAGAACAUGAUAGAUUAUUUUACAAGAAUUUGGGGACAGCUGUAAGCAGUGCUAAAAAUUGGUGAUGACUCAAGUCCAACUAGCUCCAGAUAUAAUUGUUCGUAAAUGAAGAAUUAAUUAAUUUAUAACAUUCUGUGUUUGACAUUAAUU